AUGGCAUGGGAGUUUGUCGAGGACAAUGGCUAUAACGCGGGGCCUGAAUUGUAUCUUGAUUGGUAUGAUGAUGAUCCUAAAUUUAUUGCUACUGGAGGGAGUACAUCGCAUGAUGCUGGUGCUGGAGGGUUUGGACUGCAAGUUGCUGGUGUUGGUGGAUAUAGCAUCGAAGAGGCUCAAAUGCAAGACAAGUCGAAAGCUAAAAGAAAAAGGCAAAAUACAAAAACCAGGUUCAAGCAAAGAACAACUGAAGAAAGAGAGAGAUUGUUUGUAGAGCAAGAGAGAAUAUUUGCAGAACAAGAGAUAAAUGUUGUGGUGGAGGAUUUGGCCAUCUCUGAUGCUUAUGACACAGAUGAGCUAGAGUCUCUUAAAGGUAAUGAGAAUGAUGGGGAGAUUGUGCAGCUACCAGUGUUUAAUGAAGCAGUUGAGUUUGAACAUAUUACAAUAGAGCUUGGGAUGGAAUUUCCAAAUCUAAAAGUGUUUAGGAAUGCAGUGAGGGAUUAUAAUAUUAGUAGGGGAAGAGAAGUUCGAUUUAAGAAAAAUGAGUCCACAAGGGUAAGGGCGAAAUGUGUGGAGAAAGAGUGUAAGUGGGUUAUAUUAUGCUCACUAAACAAGAAGAACAACACAUAUCAAGUGAAAACUUUCGGGAGUGAACAUACAUGUUGUAGAAAGUUACAGAAUAAGUUGGCCACAAGGGAGUGGGUGGCAAGUAAAUUGGUUCCGAGGGUUAGGUUCCAACCAAGCAUGACUGGACAAGAAGCUUAUGAUUACCUGAUGCACUCAUAUAGAGUGAAAGUGGGAGAUGCUAUGAUUUACAGGGCUCUAUGUAUUGCUCAUAAGACAUGUCAGGGUUCAGAGAAUGAACAAUAUGCUAAGCUAAGAGAUUACUGUAAUGAACUUCUAAAAAGCAAUCCAGGGUCGAGCGUGGGACUGAAUGUUGCUCCAGUCUCACAUCAUUUUCAGAGAAUGUAUGUAUGCUUAGAGGCUUGUAAGACUGGAUUUUUGAGUUGUGGUAGGCCACUUAUUGGCCUAGAUGGUUGUUUCCUGAAGGGAUAUUUUGGGGGCCAACUUCUAUCAGCUGUUGCUCAAGAUGGAAAUAAUGCCUUUUAUGUAAUAGCAUAUGCAAUAGUUGAUGUGGAAAACAAAGAAAACUGGAGAUGGUUUCUCAUAAAUCUUGUGGAUGACUUAGGGGAUCCUGUGCUCAAUGGUUUUAGCUUCAUGUCUGAUAUGCAAAAGGGCCUAGAUGCUGCACUGAAGGAGAUUUGCCCAGGAGUACAACAUAGGUUUUGUGCUAGACAUAUAUGGGCCAAUUUCAACAAGAAUUGGCCAGGUAAAGAGCUGAAAGAUGCAUUCUGGGCUUGUGCUAGAGCAGCAACUGAGCAGCAAUUUCAACUGAGGAUGGAUCACUUGAAGACAAUCAGUCUUGAAGGAUGGCUUUGGCUGAGCAAAUUACCACCUGACAGAUGGACCAGGUCAGCAUUUGAUACAUACUCAAAGAAUGACUCACUGACAAAUAACAUGUGCGAGCAAUUCAAUUCUGAAAUAAUGAAAGUUAGGAAUAAGCCCAUCAUCACCAUGGUUGAAGGAAUCAGAAUGUACAUUAUGAAAAAGAUGACAAGGAGCAAGCUGCAAAUGGCCAAAUACAAAGGUCCACUCUGUCCUAGAAUUCAAACUAAGUUGGAGAUCAUGAAAAAUAGAGCUGCUGCGUGGACUCCACAUUGGGCUGGUGAUCCUGAUAUGGUUAAAUUUGAGUUGCUUGCAUUGGCUUUAAUAAUCUGA